AAUUUGGGUGAGCGAGAGGGAGAGGGAGAGGGAGAGAAACUCAAGUAAUACCGACGAGGACCACGCUUCACAGAAGACGGACGACGGCAGGAGACAUGAUCCAAGGACUGAGAUUCCUGUGGAUACCCUCAAAGUAUCAUUUCCACAGGUAAUGGCUGGGAUAAGCGUGGAAGCCCUGACAGACAGCGGAUAAUAUGCCAUCGCAGUCGGCACGGCUUAAGCUCUGUGGCACGAUAUGGCACGCGUAAAGAUGGGUCUUUUCGCUCUCUUGUGUCUCCCCGCAUGCCUCCUGCUCACUCACAGCAGCAGCAUCCACGAGAGGUCGGUGGUACCCCGCGCCGUGGCCCGCUCCGUGGCCCGCAUGGACGGGGACGUGAUCAUCGGCGCGCUCUUCUCUGUCCACCACCAGCCGUCCGCUGAGAAGGUGGCCGAGCGGAAGUGCGGGGACGUCCGGGAGCAAUACGGCAUCCAGAGGGUGGAGGCCAUGUUCCACACGCUUGACCGCAUAAACGCCGACCCACACCUGCUUCCCAACAUCAGCCUCGGCUGUGAGGUCCGGGACUCCUGCUGGCACUCCUCUGUCGCCCUCGAGCAGAGCAUCGAAUUCAUCCGGGACUCCCUCAUCUCGAUUCGGGAUGAUAAGGACGGGUCCAAAUGGUGCAUCGACGGAACCCCGUCCAACCAGCCACCGCCUUCUAAGAAACCCAUAGCAGGAGUCAUCGGCCCCGGAUCCAGCUCUGUGGCCAUUCAGGUGCAAAACCUGUUACAAUUAUUCAACAUCCCACAGAUCGCCUACUCUGCCACAAGCAUCGACCUGAGCGACAAGACUUUGUUCAAGUACUUUCUAAGGGUCGUUCCUUCAGACACUCUGCAGGCACGGGCUAUGCUGGACAUCGUCAAGCGUUACAACUGGACCUACGUGUCUGCAGUCCACACUGAGGGAAACUAUGGUGAGAGUGGCAUGGAGGCCUUCAAGGAGCUGGCCUCUCAGGAGGGCCUGUGCAUCGCCCACUCGGACAAGAUCUACAGCAACGCUGAAGAGAAACACUUUGAUCGCCUUUUGAGGAAACUACGGGAACGUCUACCCAAAGCUCGUGUAGUGGUGUGUUUUUGCGAAGGCAUGACGGUCCGCAGUCUCCUGAUGGCUAUGAGACGACUCGGGGUUCAUGGGGAAUUCCUCCUUGUUGGCAGUGAUGGAUGGGCUGACCGCUAUGAAGUUGUGGAGGGUUAUGAGCAGGAGGCGGAAGGAGGAAUUACCAUGAAGCUGCAGUCGGAGGUGGUGAAGACUUUCGAUGACUAUUACUUGAAGCUGCGUAUCGACAAAAACACCAGGAACCCUUGGUUUGCCGAGUUCUGGCAGUAUAGAUUCCAGUGUCGGCUCCCGGGGCAUCCAGAGGAAAACAAAAACUACAAAAAAGUCUGCUCUGGAAAAGAGGGCCUACAUGAGAACUACAUUCAAGACAGUAAGAUGGGUUUUGUCAUCAACGCCAUAUAUGCCAUGGCUCACGGCCUCCAUGACAUGCAUAAGGAGCUGUGUCCAGGCCAGACAGGACUCUGUGAGGCAAUGGAUCCAAUUGAUGGCAGCAAGCUGCUGGACUACCUGCUGAAGACGUCCUUCAGAGGAGUGUCGGGGGAGGAAAUUUACUUUGAUGAAAACGGAGACACCCCAGGCAGGUAUGACAUCAUGAAUCUCCAAAAUGUGGGUGAAGACCGCUUUGACUACUUAAAUGUAGGGUCCUGGAGUGAAGGCAUCCUUAGCAUCGACGACAACAAGCUGUGGAUGAACAGCAGCGAAAUGGUUCGCUCAGUCUGCAGUGACCCCUGCUCCAAAGGACAGAUAAAGGUGAUAAGGAAAGGUGAGGUGAGUUGCUGUUGGAUUUGUACGACCUGCAAGGACAAUGAGUAUGUUCAAGAUGAGUUUACCUGCAAGGCCUGCGAGCUGGGAUGGUGGCCCGAUGAAGAUCUGGCAGGCUGCCAGCCACUGCCUCUGAAGUAUCUUGACUGGGCCGAUGUGGAAUCCAUUGUUGCAGUUGUUUUCUCCUGUGUUGGCAUUCUGAUCACCUCCUUUGUCACCUUCGUAUUCAUCCAGUACCGUGACACGCCUGUGGUUAAAUCGUCCAGCAGGGAACUCUGUUAUAUCAUCUUGGCAGGCAUAUUCUUGGGUUACAUCUGUCCAUUCACUUUAAUUGCUCAUCCCACAGUCACCUCCUGCUAUCUGCAGAGACUCUUGGUAGGCCUUUCUUCUGCCAUGUGCUACUCUGCUCUGGUAACUAAAACAAACCGAAUUGCCCGUAUUCUGGCUGGCAGCAAGAAGAAGAUCUGCACCAGGAAACCACACUUCAUGAGUGCCUGGGCCCAGGUCAUCAUUGCCUUCAUGCUUAUCAGCGUACAGCUAACUCUUGAGAUAACACUCAUUAUUCUGGAGCCUCCUGAGCCCGUCAAAUCAUACCCAAGCAUACGUGAGGUCUACCUCAUCUGCAACACCAGCAACUUAGGCAUGGUGGCACCACUAGGCUACAACGGCCUGCUUAUCUUGAGCUGCACCUACUAUGCCUUCAAAACACGGAACGUUCCUGCCAAUUUCAAUGAGGCCAAAUAUAUUGCCUUUACAAUGUACACUACCUGCAUCAUCUGGCUUGCCUUUGUACCAAUCUAUUUUGGCUCAAACUACAAGAUCAUAACCACAUCCUUUUCUGUCAGCCUGAGUGUAACAGUGGCAUUGGGCUGCAUGUUCACACCCAAGAUGUACAUCAUCAUUGCCAAACCUGAGAGGAAUGUCCGAAGCGCCUUCACCACAUCUGAUGUGGUGCGAAUGCAUGUCGGCGAUGGGAAGUCUGCGGCUCAGUGUGGGAGCAACAGCUUUCUUAAUAUAUUCCGUCGGAAGAAGGCUGUGUCUAGAAAUGCCAAUUCUAAUGGCAAGUCUGUGUCAUGGUCUGAAUCAGGUCCAAAACACCCUCCGAGGGGGGGGAAUGUGUGGCACAGACUGUCUGUGCAUGUGAGGAAACAGGAAGCCGGCUCGAAUCAGACAGCGGUCAUCAGGCCCCUAACUAACACCCCCAACCCCCACAGUUGUGAGCUCCCCACCGGCAACCUUGGCAGAGAUCCCCAACCUCCCCAGGACACGCCUGGCAGCAAGCCUCCAUGCAAUCAGGCGGAGGAAGACGACGAAGGGGAUGUGCAGCGCCCCCUCUGGACUCCGACUUGCUCAGAACAGAUGCAAGGACUGGAAUUUGACUUAGAUGAGCCGGCUUCUAAUUUGCCCUCUGACUUGACAGGCCCCACCCAUGAGUGCUUGAAGGGGGCAGUGAUGGACACACACAGUUCACAUGUCUCUGCACUAAAAAAACACACUGCCAGGGAGCAGAUUCCUGCCAAUGAGCCUUUGAGCCUAAUACCCUCUCAGUUUCCUUCAGCCCCAAGACUGGGGGACUUUGAGGACGAAGGGUCUGAGGAUGAGGAACUGGACCUCUUACACAGCUAUAUUUAUGAUGCCAAGGAGGAGAGGGAGGGGGAGGAAGGAGAAGGUGAGGACUUAACUCUAAAUAAGACCACUCUGGAAGAUUCCCUGGCUCUUUCUCCUCCCUCCCCCUUUAGAGACUCGGUGUGUUCAGGGGAGUCACUGAACGGCUCCCCCAUCAUCGAUUCUAUGUUUGGUAGCUCGAUCUAUGCCUCAAGUAUCCUCCAAAACUUUGCACACAGCUCCUCAACACUCUGAGGGCAAAACCGACAAAGCUUCUGUGGCUAUCAGUGGACAUUUUCUCAAAAACAUCCAGAUUUACACAGAAACAACAUUUAAAAUUUUUUAUUAAGUUAUUCGCUUGCUUGAUUUUGUUCUUUUAUUAGUAGGUAAGUAAAAACAGUAAGUAAGUUGAAAUAUACAAGGAGGUAUUUAAUAUAAGAACGCUUUUGGGAAGGGCUGACAGUGCAAAAUGCUUUCUCUAAAAAUGUACAUGAGGGCAGAGUGCGUCUUUUCUGCCUCUCUCUGAGUUACACGGUUUAAUUUCACCAAGCUGCUAUUCCUGACACAUAUCCCAGCAGGAUUGUUGCCUAUUUAGAUAUAUAACAAAGACUGCUUAAAUAUUGAAGAUUAAAUAAUCUUUAAUAAUUUAAUGUGACAUUGUAGAUCCUAAAUGACUGAAAAUUAACUUAAACAUUUACAGUAACCCCAUUAACUGGAAUGUAUGAUUUUUAACUUGGAAGCGUGUUUAGUGUAAAGAGUGUGUGGGAUGGCCGUUUUCUUAUGAUUUGAACUUUCUCUCAAGCCUCAAUAACAAGAAGCACCUGCCCUAAAAACACCAGACAUCCAUUAGCAUAUUUGUAUGGCUAUUUGGAGAUGGACCAUAACAUAAUUUAGCCAAUACUUUCCAAUACUUUUUUUUUUAGCUGAAACGUACUGUCAAAAUUAGUCCGAACAAAAAAUAAAGAAGGGUGAUGAUUUGCUAGAGGGUGGAAACUUUACCUUUUAUACUGAAUUAGUUGCAUUUUUCUUAAAACCAAAUCACAUCAGACACUUCUGCCUUUUUAUAAUAAACUCAGCAGUGCUUUCAUGCUCACACAUGAAGUAAAAGUUGAGAGUUAACCUAAAAAAUACUAUAUGUAACAUUAGCUGAGUACACUCUCAUUGAAUAUAUAUAUAUAUAUAUACAUACAUACAUACAUACACAGACAAAAAACAAUGAGUAACAGCCAUUUCUAACAGACUCAGCAUUUUCAUGGUAAAUACAUUAAAUAAAACAGUUCAACUACUAUCAAAAAAGAAAAGCCAUAUCUCCUUCAGUCUGCAUCGUAAUCACAUUUUGUCAUGUUCUGUUAACAUGGUAUUGUAUAUUUGAAUAAUAUAUUAGCAUAUGCAUAUCUUUAUUUUAGUAUUUUAAUUCCCGGCUGUACUACUUAGGUAUUUUUCAAUUGGAGUGAACAGUAAACAAACUGGGUCUUCUUUUGGUGUCAAUUGACAUUACAGGGCAUUAUCGAACCAUUAUUUGAGAAUACCUGAUUGAAACGGAAGGCAUGGCAGGUCUAUGUGUGCAGCAGCAUUCAUACAAAAGGCAAUUCAAAGUGCUUUACAGGAAAGUAGUAGAGGUAAAAAAAAUGACAUUAAAGUCUUAGACCACAUUAAAAGAAUAAUAGUAAGUUUUAAGUAUUACAUAAAAUGAAACAUUAAAAUGCAAAUUAACAAAAUAUAAAUAACUAUGGUUUGAUAAAAAUGAAAUGUAAAAAGGCAAAUUCAUUAAUUUCUCUUGUCAAUUUUCAUGGGGUGGAGGUGGGGUGAAGCAUAUUAAGGUAAUGCAACAUGCAAUGUUAAAUAUUUUGGAAUUAUGUGGCAUUUUUUUUAAUAGCUUUACUUUCUGGUUCUUUAUAGUCAUUGAUCCUCCGGUGUCAAAACUAGGAGUACACAUCCAUAGUCAUUACACCUUGACUGGUUAGUUGAGAUAGAUGAGCUAAAACAACUAAAACUUAUUUUGAACCUGCUUUGCAGUACAAGCCUCUACUUUCAUGAUAAAGAUAUGAUAAAUGACCACUGAGAAUCAUGAUAAGAGAUGUAGCUUUGGAUUUGAUUGUGCAGUUGAAUGGUCUGUAAGAAAAAAAAGAGUGUAUUGAAAACAUUGAGGUGUAACGGUACAUACAAAUCCCAGUUUGGUACGAAGUCAAACACCAAAUUUGAGUACAUUUUCAGUAUUAAGGGCAACAAAUAUUUAUGGUUUUGUUGUUGUAUUUAACAGUUAUCAAACUAAACAACAGAGUAAAUGUCUUACCAAAUAAAAACUGUUUAAAAAUAAAUUUUUCUACAUAAAUGUAAAAGAUAAAAACAUAAAACCAUUAUAGUAAACAUCUACAAUAUAAAGGGUACCUGACUACACUGUUUCUAUAAAUUCCUACAAAUAAAUUCAAUAUUUAUUGGUUUUCUAGAUUUUUCCUGUCAGUUUUUGACAUGAUGGAGAUAUGAGUAAAAAACUGUUGGGUUUUAUUUUUUGGCAAAUAAUAAUAAUAAUAAAAAAACUGAGUUGAAACUGGAUUCCCAUCAGGCAGUUCUGUAAUGCUCUGUUUUCAAGUUUUUUUUAAAUCUAAACAAAUUUAUCAGUUCAAAUUUUUAUUGAUUAGAAAAAUCUGGACUGGAUCAAUUUGUAAGCAGUUAUUUCACAACUUUGAAAAAUUAGGAAUUUCCAUGCUUAGUUUGGCAACUUAACCGAACCUAAUUCAGGAACACUGAAUCUCGUUCAAAACCCAUAUUAGAGGGAUUCAGAGGCUAAAAAAUAGAAUGGAAAAAUUUUUUUGUUUGUUUUUGAAUGAGUGGGUGUACUACAUACUUUUUGCCAUAUUUAUCCAGAGUUUGCAAUAUUAUGCAAUUCAAUACAUUUCUAGACUGCAGGAACCCUGUGGAUGAUAUUGGUCUUGCAUUCAGUUCUACAUUAAAAUUAGAAGUGAGAGCACCAGAACGAGCAUUUGAUAAGUUCUGGGCAACUGUAGCUUCCUCUUGCUUAUAUAAAGCUGACAGAAUGUGAUGGCUAAAAUGCUGAUGAGGGGAAACUUUAUAAUGUGGCUCUAUUACUUUCAACAUAUGUUUAACAUUGGUGUUCUCAACAAAAGAAUAUAGUUGCAUCACAAAGCCUCCCACGGCAUUUAUUAUGGCUUAGGCAUCAUCUGAACUGUUAGCAAGAGGCUGUUUUGAUGAUUAGGCAGAUUGGUUGUCACUUCAGCUUCUUCAUACCAGUUGUGUUAACAUAUAGGUGAUGCCAUUUCAAAUGAGCAGUUAUACAUCAAACAAAGCUUUAUUCAAUCAAUGCAUGUAAAACUCAAAGGCCCGUACCAAAAAUGUUUGAUAUGAAUUCAUGUGUCGUUACACCUCUAAUAAAAAAAGAAAACUUUUACUUUUGAGACUCUAAAUGUGUAGUUUGGAUCAGAUCAGUAAAGAAAUCACAGCUGCAUUAAUAAUAUGUUUCUUAAUAAUUAGUUCAGGGAACCUUGAGUUUUUUUUUUUUUCCUCCUCACACCUACGUAAGGCUUAAAUAUAACAAGAUAUUAAGAAAUGGGCCAAACUUUGGUUACAUACUAACUGUUGCAAGAUGUCAAUACAUAAAUACCCAUAAACUGCCAUUCAACUGAAGGCUUGAGCUGUAUGAUUCAUACAUAUCAUCAAAUCCCUGGUCUUAAAUCUUUACAUUAACCAACAAUGGUGUAAGUUUGAUUGUAUGACGGCAUUGCUACUGAAACAGUUUACACUCACUUAUAGCCCUGACAAGUUUUACAAGCAAGAAAGGUGAUAAAAAAAUAAAUAAAUAGAACUGUUUCUGCUUUUUAUGCCGCGCUGAUACUUUUUCCAAGUUUUGCUGUGCCGUAUUUGAAACACACAAUACAAGUUGUACAAGCUCUCAAAGUUUGUAAUACUGUUCAAGCCAUCUCUUGUUUUUUCACACAGGUAAUAUGUUUGUAAUAUGGAUAAAUGUUUAUAUAUUUAGAUUGUGAGGAGAAAAAAAAGUUAAUACAUUUUGAAACUGUCCAUUGAUACUUGUCAAGGAGCAGUGUGUUUGAAUUUUUAGUAAUCUUUAAGCUAACUUGAGUUAACUGUAUCCUCUUGCUUACUGUAAUGGGGUUAUACAUGUUUCAGUUUUACUUAAAUCAUACUAUAAACUUGAGUAGAUCACUUAGGGCUAAGUCCCUUACCCUUACUUUUUUAAAUCUUUAAGAUGAAAAUUGAUUUCAAAGUAAAAGGACUACAAAGUACAUACUGUAGUGCAACUGUAUUGUAUUUCCAAAUGUCUUAAGUGGAAUAUAGUGUAAGUUGUUUAAUGAUUUAAGCUGAUGUAAAAUAUACAAGGUGCCACCUGUUUAACACUGUUGAAUCUAGAGUGAAAUAGGCCUUUAUGUCUUGGGUGAGCUGGACAUGAACAAUGCUGUAAAAAAUAAAAAUGAUUUAUAUUAA